UUACUGUGCACGCUACUAACUAGUCUAAUUAAUACACUGUUUGUUGCAUUGAUUGAUAAAACAAUAAAACUAUUACAAUUAAGUGACGUCUUUUUGCACACGCCCACGUCGGACAUCCUUAAGCUUGGUCUCGUGAUAACCAUAGACAUAGUGGCUAGUCAUAUUAGCAAAGUGGUUUUGAUAGUAACGCGUUAAGGAAACAACAGAAGAAGACGAGGAAGCCAACUCUUAGCACGGCUAUAUAAUUUACGAAUUACAUUUUCCUUAGCUAAAUGAACCGUUGCGAAAUAACCAUAACGAUUAUUGAAGGAAGAUGCUGUCUCGUCUACUGAAAGAGCACCAGGCGAAGCAGAAUGAGCGGAAGGAGUUGCAGGAGAGACGCAGACGUGAAGCUAUUGCAGCAGCCACCUGUUUGACAGAAGCCCUGGUAGACCACCUCAACGUUGGAGUUGCUCAGGCCUAUGUAAAUCAACGUAAGCUCGACCAUGAGGUGAAGACCCUCCAAGUGCAGGCGAGCCAGUUCUCCAAACAGACUGCUCAGUGGAUCAGUAUGGUGGAGGGGUUCAAUCAGGCCCUAAAGGAAAUUGGUGAUGUGGAGAACUGGGCCCGAAGUAUUGAGAUGGACAUGAGGACCAUUGCCACAGCUCUGGAGUAUGUCCACAAGGGUCAGCUUCAGUCUGCCUCCUAAUAAAUGUCAUGAGAAAUGUUGGACAGUUAAAGCUGAAGCUAAAUACCCUGCAAUGAAAUGGAAACCCAGUUCAUACUUGGCAGCAAAGAUGCAAGCAGCAUCAACAUUGCUCAUCUGCAUGGCACACCUGAGUGGACUAAUGUUGGUUACUUUGUUCUGUGAGCAUUGCUGUUAACCAGGGCAAGAACACAGUGAUGACUUGUUAAAAAAAAUCAACAAGUUUCCACCUGUUUUCUUUGUGUGUAGAGGCCUAUCUCCUAAAAGUCAGCACAUCAUAUGGAAAAGCUUUUAUUCAUCACCUGAUACCUGAAAUGUGUACGUCUGUGUUAUAUUUCUAUGUACAGUGAUGAUGGUACUGUUUUUGUCAGAUAACUGCAACUUUUUGAUGAAACAUUAAUUUUAAUAAAAUU